AUGUUUCAUGUUAGGAGAACAUAUUUCACCCAAAAAGCUAUUACUGUACCGAUGUCGAAGUGUAAGUCAAGUUUUACAGACCUAGUCAAAGACAAGUUAUCCUUUCUAAAGACCAAGUUCUACUUUGAGAAAAACCAUAUUGAGGUUAUGGAACAUCCGGUUGUAUUUUAUGAGACUUUGAAGGAUAAAAUAACCAAUGCUGAGGAUCGAAUUUUUUUUGCAUCUUUAUACAUUGGUAAAACGGAAACUGAAUUAGUUAAAUGCAUAAAUGAUGCCUUGAGAAGCAAGCCUAGGUUAAAGGUAUUCUUUUUAAUCGAUGGAUUAAGAGGCACUAGAGAAUCUCCUGAUACUUGUUCGGCUUCUUUGUUGACCCAAUUGGUGAAGGAACAUGGCGACAGAGUUGAUGUUAGACUGUACAUGACACCUGCUUACUCUGGCUGGAAAAAGGCAUUACUUCCAAAGAGGAUUAAUGAGGGUAUUGGUUUACAACAUAUGAAAAUCUACGGUUUUGAUAAUGAAGUAAUACUUUCUGGCGCGAAUUUAUCCUUUGAUUAUUUCAGUAACAGACAAGACAGAUAUUAUUUAUUCAAAUCUAAAGCAUUCACUGAUUACUAUUUUAAACUACACCAACUAGUGAGCAAUUUCAGUUAUCAGGCCAAAUACUUUAUAAAUCCUGAAAAGUAUUUGUUACUAUGGCCAAAAUCUAAUAUAACAGUAGAGCCAAGUGUUGAUAACUCAAAGUUUUUAACGCAAACCUCCAAGCUUUUAACAAAAUUUUUAAAUGAAGAUCAUAGUCAGCUCAUUGAUAAAUCUCCAGAAAACUUGAAACGAUAUCCAACGGUUGUUUAUCCAAUAUCUCAAUUUACUCCGUUGUUUAAAAAAUCUAAUGAUAAUUCUACUGAAAAACCAAGUAUAUUAGCACUUUUAUCAUCAUUGAAUUCUCCAUCUAACAGGUGGACUAUAACAGCCGGGUACUUCAAUAUAUUGCCAGAAAUUGAGGAAAAACUGCUAAGUUCACCCUCCAAUACGGGUACAGUGAUUACUGCGUCUCCUUGUGCAAAUGGAUUUUACAAGUCGAAAGGUAUAUCUAAUUACUUACCUGAUGCUUAUUUGUACUUAUCCAAAAAAUUCCUUGAAGGCAUUCAUAGUUACGGUAAAUCGGAUACUAUAUCGUUAUAUGAAUGGAAAAAAGGUAUUGUAAAUACACCUGGUGGCUGGUCUUACCAUGCAAAGGGUAUUUGGGUCUCUGGCGAUACGGAAGAUGACCCUAGACCUGUUGUCACAGUUAUAGGGUCUUCUAAUUAUACUAAACGAGCGUAUUCGCUGGAUCUUGAGACUAACGUUAUCGCAGUUACUGAAGAUGAAGAACUCAAGAAUAUAAUGCAACAUGAAGUAGAAAAUCUAAUGUCUAAUACCCGAAAACUUGCACUGGAGGAUUUUUCCACUGACUCAGCAAGACACGUUAGUACUAGGGUUAAAGUGGCCACUGAGCUAUUGGGCAGAAAGCUGUAA